UGGCAACUUCUAGUAAUAGGUAGUCGAUACACUUGCAGUGAAUGAUCUAACAUUGCUUAUAUUUUAGUAAAUUAACAUGUUAAGAGUAAGGUUCGAGUGGGAGGUCCUUGGCGCUGAUUGGCUGGUGGCUCCCUCGAGCUCCUCCUCGACCAAUGAGGACGAGGCAGGCACGAGGUCCUUUCACCCGGCGCCAUAUUAAGUGACACCUGCACUCUUCCCACCCGUAUCUUUUAGCAUUUAGGUCUCUCUUUACCCCGUCCCAUCCGCUACGUGCAUCACUGGAGUGUAUUAUGGUCGGUUUCGAAGACUGAGUUCUGUCUGUCGCCCUUGAACCAAUCCUCUUCAAGGUUACCGUGCUUGCCAGUGAAAGUGUUUGUUGCUCAAGGACAAGGAAAGUUAGCCUACCUGAAGUGGGCUGUUUGUGAGGCCCUGGCUCUCGGUUGCGUCUGUUUUACCUGGUCUUUUGUUUCGGUUUAUCCCGGGUAGCCUAGUCCAAAGCAGUGUUUAAAAUCAUUGGCCCCCUUAAGGAUUUCAGUUUCAGAAGACGAGCUCAUCCUUGUGUGGUACCCAACGUGAGUCGACUGUUUACAUCGAUUAGCGGAUAAGUUGAAUGGGAUAAACGAAGGCCUAUCAUUCAGCAAAGAAGAAGCCAAGUGGCUUAGGCUAGUAGGAUUACCAAUUUAGGCUGUCCAAGAAUUCAUGGCCAGGUGUGUGUUUUGGGCAUGAGAUGGUCUACUGAAAAUUGUCACAGGGCUUCGUUGCCUUUCGUUUUUGUAUUUCAAAGCCUACAGGCUUAGGGUAGGUUAUCGUCCAUCUGCUUCGAAUUAUGGAGCCGCAAAAUAACGAACAGUCUCCCUCUCCGUCGGGUUCAGAAGAGAUGGAAAGUGAUGGUGAUAGUGAACAGGAAGAUGAGUUAGAAAAUGAUAGAUCAAGGGACUCGGAUGGAGACAAUGCUGAAGACAGUGAUAAAGAAAAUUCUGACAAUUCAGAUGAUGACGAUGAUGAUGAUGAUGACGAUGACGACGAUGAUGAUGAUGAUGAUGACGAUGAAAGUGAAGCCGAGGAAGGCUUAGAUGAUUCUGAGACUCAGAAGACAGUGUCUAACAACUCCAGUUCUGAUAAGAAUAGUGAGACCCCAUUUAAAGGGAGAAAAAGUUCUAGUGGAUCUUAUGAUGACUCCCCAAAACUUAAGGAGGCCAAACCAAAGAACCUGCAUAAUGCUGACGUUGACUGCUACCCAUUAGAUGAUUUACCUCUAGAGGUGAUAACUACAGUCGAACCAACAAACUACUCCUAUCCAGUUUUGAAAAAUAUGUCCAAUGGUGUUUUGACUCAUCGAAACAUAUUUACAGAACAUGAACGUGCCGUGUUGAGAGAUAUUAUCAAUAAGUAUAGAAACAUUGUCGAUACACGAAGUCGAACUCGUGAGAUUUAUUUAGAGAAACAGAGUGUUUGGCAGCAGAUUGUGGAAGAAUACAAUAGUACAGAAAAUAUUAUGGUUCGCACAGAGAAGGAACUUAGAAAAUGCUGGGAUAACAUGAAGUAUAGGGCAAAACAAGCAGAAAAAGAAAUGAUGUUUAAGACAGAAAAGCUUGAUAUGAAUUACGAUGGGGUGGAUCUUCACAUUUUGGCGCAACAUGCAAUUGAAGAAGCAGUCAAACUACAGCAGGGAGGGACGUCAAAAUCAGACCAGGCAGAUGCAACAGUGAAAGCAGAACCAGGUGUUGCUAUUAAAAUGGAACCUGUCGAGAACCAUGAUGCAGAUGAAGAUGAUGUUGAUAGUAAUCCUGAGCUACCAGAUGGAGAGAAUAGCACUCCUGCUGAUGAAGACAGGGAGCCAGCAUUGAAGAGGGCUCGCCAGGAAUCUCCUAAACUCUCUAGUCUCCUACUGGCAGCAACUCAGAAACACUCCCCCUUCUCAAAGAAAAAUGGAGGAAAGAGCAACCAUAAGAAGAUUAGCAGUAAAUUUUCAUACAAUAUUCCUGAAUGUACGAAAGUUGUUCACAUGAAGAAGAAAAGUAGCCAAGGUUCCACAAGUUCAGCUGCUGCUACAAGUCUUAAUUCAGUCUCAGAUCUUCCUGUUUCUAUACUUCCAAAAGGCCUAGGGGCAUGUCUGUCCAUUACAAAUAUUCCUAAUCCAGUAAGUGGUGCUAAUCAUAUAAGUUCUAACUACAGUUAUCAGCACAAAGAUGUAUCCCCUCCACUUUUGACAUCUUCUAUGCAACAUUCUAUGAAGCCCAUGCCCAGUUUAAGGAAAAUGGUGCCAGGAAAACAUCAAACAAAUGGUAAUUGUAAAAGUUUCAGUGGUAGGAGCUCAAAGAGACUCGGUUCUCUCGGGAUGAAGGAUAAAACUCACAAUUUGAAUAACUCCAUUAGUGUAAAUAUGGGGCAGAGUUCAAAUACUCUAACUAUUGCACAAAGUUCCAACGCGCUAAACAUUGGACAAAAUUCAAAUGCUAUGAAUAGUGUGAGCAGCGUGCAUGGGAUGAAUAGCAUGAUGUCCUCAGGACCUUUUUCCUGUGACAAUGACAAGAAUGACUCCCCUGAUAAGUUGCUCUCCAUAAAACUAACUUCUCAACGACUUGAAUUUGAGCGCAGAGAGCAUGAAUUGAAAAUGAAACUCUUGGAGAAGGAACUACAGUCACAGACCUACCAGUCCCAGUAUUGGGCACUAAAGUUAAAGUUGCUCCGUAGUGGGCGCGAAAGCAAUGCCUUCAACUUGGCUGGUGCUACAAAUGGUGAUAUUGAUUAAUGAGGUUGUUUGAUAGGUGUGUGGUUUUUCUGUAGGUUGUGAAUUUGUGAUUUGUUGGAAUUUUCCCUUUUUUUCUAUGUAAAUAUUUGAAGGAUGGGAUUUUCCCUUUUUUGAUAUGUUUAGUCAUACAACUGCAUUUGUGAGUUUUUUUUUAUAGGGUGGGUAUUAGAUAGAAUGCAUUUGUUCAUAUCGUCAUGGUUGUGUAUUAAACAGGUAUUUUACAUGUCAUGUGUUGUGAAAUUUAAAUUUCCAUGUUUAAGCUGUAUCGAUGGUUGUAGUAUGUGUUGGAUCUCAGAUAGAGCCAUGUAGCAUUGUGUUUGAAUUUUUAUUUAUUUGCAUACAGUAUGUGUGAUAUUUAAUUUUCAGGGUGAUGUUUUUAUUGCUUCAAGGAAUCAGAAUAUACCUGAUGACUAACUUUUUCCUUUGGAGAUAUAGCUGUAAAUACUGGGCACAACUAGUUACUACUUUUGGAAUGAGAGAUCAGUCAGCUUUAUCACAGUUAUUUUGAGAGAUGUGUUUUUUUUCAGCCAUUAGUGUUUCAUAUGCUGCAGAUUCAGAUGUCUUAUUUGAUUGGUUGGAUUUUGGAACAAUAAAUUUACAGCAGGAUUCUUUGACCAUUUUUAGUACAAUAUUUAUUCAGAAAUGGCAUCCAUAGUGUUUACCUUAAAGGAAGGUUAUAGUUUAUGCACAGUAUGUAAAAAUUACCAUAAAUCUUCAUAUGCAUAAGCAAUUCAGUUAAUUAUCAGUAUGAUCUUGGUCUUAAGAAUAAUUUGAUCUUUCUUGUAAAGCCUUUACAAAUGUGGUGCUGUCAUAUAUCAUACAAGGAAAGAGUUAUUUUUUGCAACAGCUCCAUUAUUUUUUUUAUGUAAUAUUCUCAUUUCUCUAGUGCCCUAAUGUUGGGUUUUGUAAUUUAUACCAUUUAUAAUAUUUCACUUAGAAUUACUUAAUUCUAGUCUGUAAAUUCUUAGACCAUUAUAAAUUAUUAUAAAAUUCCAUAAGUUUAGUCAUUUUUUGUUUAGGUCAAAAUACAAGUUCAAAAACUACACAAAAUAUCUAAGUGAUGAAGUUUUUAGAAGCAGUGUUGUGAGCAAGUAGUACCUUGUAUAAUGCCAGUGUUCUGUUGAAUUUCAGUAUUUGGAUAGGUUCUCCAAGUGUAUUCUGUAACUGAGAGAGAAACAAAGGUGUUGUUGCUUUUAACUUGCUUUCUCUUCCAAAACUUUUGAAUUUGCAUGUACUAAAUGAAUCAGAUAAAGAGAAAGGGUUUCAGAAGAAUGCAAAAAAAUAAAAAAGAUAAUACUAUAACGUAAUGUACAGUACUUAGGUGGACUGGCAAAUUAGAAAAAAUGAAGUCAUUAGUGUAUGGGAGUUAACCUACACAGUCCAGGAUAUAUAUUAUGAACACCCCUAGACUGGGCUAAAUUUAAGGAUGGCCAAUUAAAAAAAAAUCAAUGGAAAGAGGAAGAUAAUGCAUAUGCACAUGGUCUAAUUCUAAAAAAUUCUCUGUGUCUCCCAGGAGAACUUGAAAGUGAAUAUUUUCAACCAUGUGUGGGGCCUCUUCCUAACAAGUUGUAAAAAUAUGCUCAUUUUACCAAUUGAUAAUUUUUUUUCUAUAAUUUUUAGAAUUAUAAUUGCAGUUCACACAAUAUAAUAACAGAUAAGAACUAAGAUCAUUAACAAAUAAUUAGUAGUAUAUAUUGUAAAAUAUUUAUGAGUUGUCAUUGGAUGGGAAUUUUGGACAACAUUCCCAUAUGACAUGUCAAGGCAAACUGAUCCCCCUCUCCAGUACAACUAGCUAUUAUUUGGGGUAAAAGUUGCCAUGAGUCAUUUAUGGCCCAUGGAAGUGAUCUGAACACUUUCUUGCAAAAUGCAUUCAAACUAUAUAUAUAUGUUACCCAGAAUCCUACCCAAAGUUAUAAGUAAACAUAUAUGUAUGUUACCCGUCCACAAGGGGUUACGGGAGAUUCUCAGGAAGAUAAGUUAUGGCGUCUUACCUAAAGUAUACGAGUAAAAUUGGAGAGUUUCAGCAAAUAGUGUCAGGAAGUAAUAGCCUGGGUUACCUGAACAAAAUUUAUAAACCUCAUUCAUUUAUUAACUGAUUUUGUUUGAUAUCCUUAGAAUUAGUGGUCUUAAUUUCUUUCAUAACCAUCAGAAAUAACACCAAGUCUGUUGUUUAUUAUGUACCAUGGUAAGUAAAAGACUACGGCAUUGAAAGAUGGUAAACUGAUAUUAAUGCCUCUUGAUUUAGAUUCUGUACUCUUCAAAAUGUCUGCCAUCUUUAUCCCUUGGAAGUUCAAAUGAAGUCUGAACUGUCAGAAUACUGAAAUUCAGCUGAUAAACAUGUUUAUCAGGAUUAGAAAAAAAAAACUUUUUUACAAAGAUAUUCUCUUGGAACUUUUAUAAAUAGUUUUCAUGUAUAGAUCUGAUGGUGUCUUUGUGCAAAAAGAGAGUUGCACAAAUUGUAUUUUGUGUGACAGUUGCUUAGAUAUUGUCAGUGUUUUGUAUUGCUUGGACUCACUGAUGUGCAGACAGUCUGAACUGGUUGAAUUUUAUAUUAGGUUGGUUGGUAUAUUGUUGUGGAUAAAUGUAUAGCUUUCAGUAAUUCUGCUGUGUAACUGUCUUGAAUGUGUGCUUCCUUUUUUUAUUUAUUACAAAACUUUUUAGUGCUAAGUACUGCCAUUGUUAACUUAUUAAUGUAGGAUUAAUCUAUUUAUUACUGUACUGAUUUUGAAAUAUGAAGUUACCUAGACAGGCAUGCAAUACAAAAUACACUGCUUAUGUAAAAUAAUCCAAUUCUUUGGCUUUUUGAUUGAUCUUUUAAUAUUAUUAUAUGGUUGCUAGCAUAUUAAACCAUGGGACAUUUCCUAUAUGUACGAACUAUAUGUUGCUGCAUAGGCAACAGUGACUAUAGCAAUGCUUAAUGGCAAUUUGCUAAAUCAGGUUGCAAUGUUAAAUUAUUUUUUAUAUUUGUACAGUUCAAAGUAUGGGUGGCAGGGGGAAAUAUUUUUAUAUAAUGAUUUUAUUGUUUGAAGGCUUUUCCUGCCAACAAGCUUAGUAUAAUUUGUGAAUGAUUACUGUACAUGUAGUUGCAAAUCUAAAUUCUGUAUGGCUGAUUGAAAUCUAGGUGUUUAUAUCAAGUUUGUAAUUAAUUUCCAGUUUUCAAACAAUCGAUAUAAAUUGGUUAGGUGAAAGGGAAUGCUGAUUUUACUUGUUAUUCGUCGUGGAUUUUUUUAAUCAGUUUCAUUGUCAAUAAGUGAAAGGAUUGGACCUUUGUAUUUUUCUUAUUUCCUUGUUGUUUGUUGCCAGGAUUUGCAUCUGGAGAGCCAUUUUCUUCCAUGCGUUAUUUUGCAGUGUGUUUUUUUUCUGUUCUGUCAGUAUAAUAAGACACUUGAGGAUGCUUUUCUCUCAUAGAGUGAAUCCCUACUUGUAGUUGCCAUAUAGGAAAAGACUAUUUCUUAGUACGUAUAUUUAUAACAGUUUUGUACCAAGAACCUUUUUUCAUAUGCUGUAGCAAUAAUUUGGCUUUGUAAUUAGGUUGUCAUUUUAUUUUCAUCAAAAUUUAGGCUUCAAGCACAAGACCACAAUUAAAUCGUGAAUUGAAAGAGAAAAUAAACUAUCGGUACUGCCAAUAUUGACAUGGAAUUUUCCAGAAGCUUGCUCAUACAAAGAUUGUCAGAUUUAUUAGUUGAUAAACAUAUUUUCAGAGUAUUGUACUGCUCUAAGGAAGAUGCAGUAUACUGUACCUAAUAGUUUUAUUAAUGACAUUGGUUUGGUACAUUACUUGUGUCAAACAUUUUUUUAUAGUUUGCAGUGAUUGUUGUGAAUUUAUGAUGACAAGUCUGAUCAAUGCUUUAGUGGAUGCUUAUUGCCAUUAAGUGCAGUACAUUUUCAGUUGCUGUUCACAUUAAUUUCUGCAAGGGUUACCAUUGAUCCCUCGAUGUGUUUAUGGAUUUCUCUCAUAUUUAAGUUACUGUUUAUGGCUAGGAUCAUCGUUGAAUUAUUACUGAUGAGGCUUCUUUAGGUUUUAAGGUCUCUUUAUUUAUGAGUUUUUCAUUAUUUAUGGGAUUUUGGUGUUUGGGGUGCUAGAGUACAGUUUGGGCUUAUGACUUUCUCCUGACAGUGUUUCGAUGGGUUGUGGAGUUUUUUUAUUUUAUUCCUCAGGUUAAAUAGAAGCGAUUGUGUUUGUAUUGAGUGUGAAAUGGGAACUGAUAUGUCAUAGAAAUGGGAAGUACUGUUAUAAGGAGUUUUGUGCUAUGGUGUAUAUUUGUUUAGUUGCUGAAGAGGCUUAUCUUAUGAUUAUUGAAAGAGGUUUUUCUGUUCCUACAUAAAUGCAGCUCACAAUAAUUUUCUUGGAUUUUUACAUAAUAAAAACAAAGUAGACCAUCCAGAAUAACUAAAUGCAGCAUUAGUCUACUAAGGCAGUAUCACUUGUGAUUGAGUGAAGGCAAGAUUUGUCACAGGUAUUAGGUCUUUCAUGUUAAUUUAUUUUAGCUCAAGUUCAUAUAGUUAUUGGUGAACUAUGAUAAUUACUUCAUAACUACAGGUUUUAUAUUUUAUCUGGAUUUGAACCACAUGCUUAGCAGAAAUGUCUUUUCUCAAUUCAAGUUUUUUUUUUCUUAUAGUUCACCUUUUUGUAUAUACAAAGCGUAAAAAAAUUGUCUUGACUACCACCUCCCAUCACUAAAACCAACUGAAAGUUUUAUAUCUGUUUGCUCAUACGCAAACAAACCAUUAGUCUUAUCAAUAGGAUAAUUGCCAGUGCCCAGCUGGAAAGGAUCCUAUUGUUAAGACUUCAGGUUUGUAGCUAUGAAAAAUACAAUUUUGUACACGAACUUCCCUGCCAGAUAUAUACUUAGCUAUAGUCUCCGACGUUCCGACAGAAUUUCAAAUCUCGCGGCACACGCGACAGGUAGGUCAGGUGGUCUACCUUACCCGCCGCUGGGUGGCGGGCGUAUGAACCAAUCUAUCUCUCCAGCCAGAUUUUUUUCUGUCGCUGAAGCGAUAACAACUGUUGUCGUUUCUUCCGAUAUAUUCUUCAUUUCUCGCUUGCCUGGAGAUUGAUUUGGACAUUUUGGUGACGUAUUCGCUCUAUGUUGGCUUGGCAUACGCUGAUUGUGGACCGUUAUUGACUUUGCGCUGGAUUUUCCUGUAGAAUGUGAUUUUGAUUCUGUUUCCAAAACUCCGGUUUUGUUUAGAGUAUGUGUGACCGAUGGAUGUAAGGUGAGGUUACCGAAAGCUGCGGUGGACCCUCACACUUUCUGUGUUAAAUGUAGGGGGAAUGAAUGUUCGUUUAGUAACCCGUGUCAAGAAUGUGAGGUUUUGAACGAAGAUGAAUAUAAGGCUCUUUCUUCUUAUAUUAGGAAACUUGAAAGGGAUAGGGUACGUAAAGCUUCUUCAAGGAGCUCGAGCAGGUCGAGAAUGAGUGAGAAUGAAACUAACAUUAAUGUAGUUUUAGAACCUUCCUCCCAGGUCUCAGCUCCUGCUCCCCGCACCGAAGCCGUAGAUUCUUCUUUCGGAGGCGGCGG